AUGAUAUUAAACUAAGCAUUUGAAAGUUAACUCAUGAAUCACAAAAUAAAAAAUAGGAAUGUUCUCAAAUUGAGAUUAUCAUAAACAAUUAACAUCAAAAAGCUUCAACUCAAGAAAUAAUUAUACUUUUUUCAUUUAGAAAGAUAAUUUAUGUAUUUUUGA